UGGUGCAAGGACGCCUUUAUUGAAUGAUUUGCAAAUGUAUUGCUUUAAGUGAAAUACUUUUACACCUUUUUAAGUUCCUCUUCCCUGAGUUAAGUGGUACAAAAUACAAAUAAUUGAAAGAGGAUUAUUCAUCGUGCAUAUAUUCUUAUUACACCAAAUAUACCAAGACCCUGAGAAGGAGUAUGAUAAAAACUUUUUUUUCUUGCUAAACACAAGUAAGAUAUUUUUGAGCAAUCCAUUAUUUUAGCACAAUUCUAGUAAAUGCCUCUAUCAAUGCUUUAGCCGAUUCAAGUGUGAUAGGUUUGGCCAAAUUUGCAGGCGUUGUUCAAUGAGGUGUUCAUUUCCUGUUCAUACAUAUAAUAAAAAACGCUUCCUGUCCGAGCAUCACUAUAGAAGAACUGGCAAUAGCACCCAGAAAAAGUGGACGACUCCUUGUGCAUCUAAACGAGAGACUUGGAGCUGGCAGAUUCCUCUGGAACUCAGCAGGAAGAUGGCUGUCCUGUGCUGGGUGGUUCUGGUUCUGGCCGUCUUCCUGUCUCCUCAAUGCAGUCUAGCCGCUGUAGACGAGGCCUGGCUAACCGACAUUAUACAAAAUCUCAAAAAUGAGUAUGAAUUGGGUGACAGCUACAGUCUGGUUGUCAACCUCCCUGUGAACCAAGACAUAAGCAGUCUUGCAGAAGUUCUUAAGGAUGACCCUGCAGAUGCAGUGAAACAAGCUAUUUCAACGGGUCAAGGGUACCAAGGCACGAGGGUUGUUGCAGCUGCCCAGUCUGGAGCACUGGCCCAUGUUCUAGAGAAAAUACAGCCCCUCAUAAAAAGCAGUGAUGGCAACGUCCUCAUCGUCUACUCUGAAGGCUACCCUGAUGCAAAUGGCAUUGACAACAAGAUCAGUAACAUUGUUCAGAACUGGAAGAGUUAUGCUUUUGUGUUUUCUAAAGUAGCUGAUGUUGCUGAUGCUGACACGCUUGCGAGGGCUGCAAUGUUCAAAGAGCAAGAGGUUUCAAAGUUUGGGCUUGAAAACAUAUUCCGUUGUUAUGAGCAAAGCGAUUCUUUUCAGUGCACAAACUGCAAAGCAGGCGAUAAUGUUGCACCAUCCUGCGUUGCAGAUACAAUGCAAUCAGGUGCCAACGAAGAGACAGCAGUAGGUGCCACAGAGCCGCCUACAGGAAGUGAUGAAGGCACAAUUUCAGGUUUAAAUAACGAGUCUGACAUAGGCACAAUCGCUGGCACUGACCAAGACUAUGAGGGUGGAGGGAUGAUUGAUGUCAUGGGUGGACAGGAACCAAGAAAGGGCAAAACGAGGCAAAAGGGGAAGAGAGGUGGAGAGGUGAAAGAAGGAGGUAAACGUGGAAAAGGAGGCAAGAUGAGAAAAUCACGUAGACGUGGAAAAGGAGGCAAGAUGAGAAAAUCACGUAGACGUGGAAAAGGAGGGAAGAUGAGAAAAUCACGUGGACGUGGGAAACGAGGCAAGAUGAGAAAAUCACGUAGACGUGGAAAUGGAGGCAAGAUGAGAAAAUCACGUAGACGUAGAGGUGGGAGGCGUAGAAGCAAGAGAAGGGGGUAGAUAGCUAACAGUGCAUAACAAUCUGCUUUGCCAAAUUUUGAGCAACAAAAACAUUUAACAUUAGUUUAAAAAAUCAGGUACUUUGCAAAAGUGUUUUUACUUCAUUUAAUCUGAUGAAACCAUUGGUUUUGUCUGGCUAAAUAAACAUAAUUCAUUUAUCUGUAUUGACAUGAUUUAUUUGAAAGGAUGCUGUCGUGUUUUGCUUUUCUAUAUCACAGAAUUCCAACUAUUUAUGUGGAACCUUGAUAUUUUUGCUACUUUUGAAUAAAGUUUGCUUUAGCAUUUUAA